AAUCAAUCGUGGACACGUAAAGAUGGACGGAGGAAAGUAAAUUGAACCCCACAGUUGAUUGAAGUCCCAUUAUUGGUGUAGAUGAGAUAAUCACAACAUUGAUGACUUGAGUGAAUGAUUGUUUUUUAAGACAAAUUGGAAUCUUUCUAUUAAAUAUAAUAUAAUAUAUACCCACGAAAGUCUUGAUUUUCGAGCCCCAAACAAAUUGUUUGUCAGAUUCUUGGAUUUUAAGAUAACUGUGGUGUCUGAGACAGCUUGCGUGCUUGACUAAUUUCACGGGAUACGUGUUACCUUCCACCGGCAAUAGGUAUCAGAUACAAGGUGUACAAGGUGGAGAACCGUCAUUGGAACAUUCGUCUUUUGACUGAGUGGCACAACGGAGUGUGUUGGAACUGUUGUGUUAAUCUUAGUCUUUAUUAGUUCAAUUUAUGGGAAAAAAUGAAGAUGCGCCGUGCAUUAUGUAUUCAACGAUCUAGUGAAGCUCAACACAGUAACAUGGGUGUUUCUGGA